UUAUGCAAAGGACCUAGGGCCCCUCGCAAUCGUCCCCCUUGCAGGAGUGAGACGCAACGGGACUUCUGGCCUGCUCCCCAGUGUCAGAGCCCUAUUCCCCUCCAGAUGCAAAUACCAACCCCCAUCACUUUCACUCAUUAAGAGGGAAAAAAAAAAAAAGAAAUAGACGAGCUGGGGUGAUUUGGGAAGUGGGAUCCGUCCUGAGCCCUGACCAAGUCUGUUGUCAUAGCAACCCUUUCCAACCUGGAGGCCUCUUCCAGCCCCCUCCCAUUUUGCGUAUGUGGAGCCCCGAACCUCUACUAUCAUUGCACCAGGAGGAGGUUGCUAAGGUAACCCAAGUCCCUGGUGGUUCUUCUGACCCUAUCCUCAUCAGUUACUAUGGCAACCUCUCCUCACCUAGUGCUCAGGUAGAAAAGAACCCAGCCCCAAAGACAUUCCUCUAAGAAGAAUGCCUCAGCCCCACCCCUCCCCCAGCCAACCCAGUUGGCAUUACCAUGGUAACCAUCUCCCCUUCCCAUAUGGGAGGUCCGUGGACAAACCAACCAGGUGUUUUUAUUUAGAGAAGGGCUGCUGUGGGACAGUUGCUAUGGUUACAGGGCCUGGACCAUUUCCAGGGAGAUGAGAAACAGUCAAAGCCAUGCCCUGGUUACUAUAAGAGGGCAAUCUCCCACCUUCUAGUGAUCCAGAAAGAUAGGGGAUGUUUUAGGAUUAUCUCCAAAGGAUGCAUGUGUCUAGGGAAGAGGUUGUCAUGGUAACAGCUGCUGUCACGGCUGCCCUUGGACACCAUCAUGGAAGAAGGAUAGUUAGAUCUGAUAACUGAUACACCUUCUACCCGUUCACCCCACUCCUGAGACAAUUGAAGUGGUAACCCAGCUUAUGGACUUCAAACAGAAAAAAAGAGUCCUCGACUUCUUUUGUGGGUAGGAUGAAAUUGAGCUUUGUUGCAUGGAGUUGGCUCAUUUGAUGUUUUCUGGUUCCUCUCUCAGCAGAGCAGAUGACUCAAGGUGGAGCCACCCUCCUUGAUCACCCUCAGCCUGAAACCUAGGGAGGAUGCCUUGGACGUCCCCGCUAGGGUCUGACAUCGGGCCCCAUGCGGCUCACCCGCUGCUGGGCUGCCCUGGCGGCCGCCAUCAUCCUCAACCUCCUAGUCUUCUUUUAUGUGUCGUGGCUACAACACCAACCCAGAAACUCCCGGGCACGGGGCCUCCGCCGUACUCCCGCCACUGGUCCCCGAGUCACCGUCCUGAUUCGGGAGUUUGAGGCCUUUGACAACGCGGUGCCGGAGCUGGUGGAUUCCUUCCUGCAGCAGGACCCAGCCCAGCCCGUAGUAGUGGCGGCCGACACACUCCCUUACCCACCCCUGGCCUUGCCUCGCAUCCCCAACGUUCGCCUGGCGUUGCUCCAGCCGGCCCUGGACCGGCCAGCCGCGGCCUCGCGCCCAGAGACAUACGUGGCCACGGAGUUCGUGGCCCUGGUGCCUGACGGAGCGCGGGUCGAGUCCCCAGGCCACCUGGAGCGUAUGGUGGAGGCGCUCCGGGGGAGCAGCGCGCGCCUAGUAGCCGCCCCGGUCGCCACCGCCAACCCUGCGCGGUGCCUAGCACUGAACGUCAGCCUGCGGGAGUGGACUGCGCGCUAUGGUCCAGCGCCCAGCGCGCCCCGCUGCGACGCCCUAGAUGGUGAUGCUGUGCUGCUGCUGCGCUCCCGAGACCUCUUCAACCUCUCGGUGCCCCUGGCGCGGCCUCUGGCCACCAGCCUCUUCCUGCAGACCGCCCUACGGGGCUGGACAGUGCAGCUGCUGGACUUGACCUUCGCCGCAGCGCGCCAACCUCCGCUGGCCACGGCCCACUCGCGCUGGAAAGCGGAACGCGAGGGGCGCUCGCGGAGGGCGGCGCUACUGCGCACACUGGGCAUCCGCCUGGUGAGCUGGGAGGGCGGGCGGCUCGAGUGGUUCGGCUGCAGUAAGGAGAGCGCGCGCUGCUUCGGGACAGUGGCGGGCGACACACCCUCCUACCUGUACGAGGGUCGCUGGACACCGCCCUGCUGCCUGCGCGCGCUGCGCGAGACGGCCCGCUAUGUGGUGGGCGUGCUGGAGGCGGCAGGCGUGCGCUACUGGCUGGAGGGCGGCUCGUUGCUGGGUGCAGCCCGCCACGGCGACAUUAUCCCUUGGGACUACGACGUAGACCUGGGCAUCUACCUGGAGGACGUGGGCAACUGCGAGCAGCUGCGGGGCGCUGAGGCUGGCUCAGUAGUGGACGAACGAGGCUUCGUGUGGGAGAAGGCAGUGGAGGGCGACUUCUUCCGAGUGCAGUACAGCGAGAGCAACCACCUGCACGUGGACCUGUGGCCCUUCUACCCCCGCAAUGGGGUCAUGACCAAGGACACGUGGCUGGACCACCGGCAGGAUGUGGAGUUCCCGGAGCACUUCCUGCAGCCGCUAAUCUCCCUGCAGUUUGCCGGCUUCAUGGCACAGGCCCCCAACAACUACCGCCGCUUUCUGGAACUCAAGUUCGGGCCCGGCGUCAUCGAGAACCCUGAGUACCCCAACCCUGCACUCUUAAGCUUGACAGGUGGCUGAAACGCUGGUGCUUGUAUCUGGUGCUGGAGCACAGCAGGGUACAGGAAGCUGUUCUUUGUCUUUGGAGGUCGUGUGGAUCUGGACAAGCUUGUUUGAUUGGGCAGUGAGGCUGCGCACUGGAGAAAAAAAGAGGUGAACUUACCAGGGAAGACUCGAGGGAGCCCACAGGAAAAGUCCAGCUUUGGCAGGAACCCUGCCGAAGAUUGAAGCAACAUACAUAUUCUUAAACCAUGAGCUGGGGCUGUGUGUGGAGACCUCCUAGCCCACCCUAGUAACGGAGGAAAGUGGUGGCCUUUGAUGGACAGGCCCGGGGAUUAGAGCCCAUCCUCAGGGCUUCGCAUAGUCUCUGCCCUGUGUUCCAGAGCCCUAGGCCCUUGGAAAGUGAGGUCCGGAGGACAGGCCAGCCAGCCUCAGUCUACCACGUACAACUUAGGAGGCCCUGGACCAGUCUUGCUUUCUGCCUGUUUCCUCUCAGAUACUGAAUACCUCCGUUGGUGUCUAGAACCCUCAGGAUCCUUGGCUGAAGUGUUUGCUUCCUCCACUGGAGGGCGCAUCUGCCCCGCUCCUCUUCGUCUUCGAUGCCUGCCAGCUUCUCUGCUCCAUUGCCAUCUUGGAGUGGCUCUGGGUGGUGGGACAGCACAGGCCACCCUCUCUCCUCCUUGAAUGGGGCACUUCCUUUGAGAGCGCUGCGUGAGGCAGCUGCUGCUUCUAACCCCUUCGAGCACCUGGAAGACUAGCAGGGCUCUGGUUGGGGAUCCUGGCUGACAUAUUUAUUACCUCUUUCAGUGCGCUGCACCUGCUUCCCCCCAUGCCAGGAAGGGUAAAGCUUUGCCAUAGCUCACAGUUACAGGGCGCUUACUGGAGCCCAGGCAUACGCACAAAUGGAUUUAUCCUCACUCCUACCCCCUUAAUUGACAGCUGCUAAUACAUCCAUUUUCCAGGGAGGAUAACUGAGGCCAAAAUGGCAGUUAUUUACCCAUGACCAGACAGUUUAGAAAGUGGCCAAUAGGAGACUUGAAUUCAGUCCAUCAUUUCAAGGCCCUCCUUAUGUCCUGCUCCAGAAAUAGUACCCAAGUGGGGCCUUGCAGUGGUUGCGCCAUUUAACAGGUUAAAAAUAACUUUCCUUAUCUGAUUAUGCAUAUAAAUCAUGUUCAAACCACUAUUACCAGGCAGUAUAUUGUUAAA